AUGGCUACGAAUGAACAAGCACUCGAUCAGGUUCCACCACUUGAAAAGGAGCUGGACGAAGCCAGCAUCAUGUCCUCCCUUGCCCGCCUGCAAGAGGUCCAUAUUUCCCUUCGCAACCUUCGUGAAACAAUCCCCAAAGUCAUGGAUUCCGUCCUAGUCGACCCCCUCUCUCCAGACCAGCUACACUCGAAUUUCUCUCAAGCAGCCAACGGUGCCGCCCAAGCCAUUAAGCAUUUCACACAACUAAUGGAAGACAGCGGGACCAAAGAGGUGAUGGAAAGGGCCAAAGAGAGUAGGACGGAGAACGGCGAAGGCAUCACAGGGUGGAAGGUCAUAGAACAUGAGGAUUGGCUCGAUGUAAAACAGGAGGAUGGCAACGAUGAUGUUGAUAAAGAGGAAGAAGGUACCGCCGAGGCUGGUGACGCUCUCAGCUUGAAAGACGUGAAUGAGGCGCUGGACAAGUUUCGUUCCGCACACGUGGGCCUCGAGGCUUCAUUGAUCGAGGAUUCAAGGAUGGUGACUCUCCAUCUACCCUUGCCAGCUCAAAUCAAUUUCCAGAUUCAGCUCAAUACCACCCCUGAAGGACCUAACAAUUACAGCGUUGACAGCAAAGACAAAUCAAAACUUCACAGAGCAAUUCUUGAGGCAAUCAGAACGCGUCCUAGACCAAACGAUUUGAAUGAUCUCCUCGAAAUGCUGGCUUCAUACUUGGACAUCAAAUCAAGACCCUGCCAUGCAACUAAGCCUACUCGUCAGGCACGCCAUCAUGGGGUGCCCAUAGUCUCAGCGGUCAGGAGGAUCCCAUCUUCCGUUCGCGCUCCGUACCCGAACUGGACAAUGGGGCUUGGUCCUGGACCAGUCAACAUUGCUCCAGACAUGGUCAUGAGGCCUGCGGUAUCUUCGAGUCGCGAAGUCGUACUUGGUGUCAGGAUCUCUGCGUUGGAAAUCAAACACACCGACGAACUCUUCGUCCUGCCGAAAAGGUUUGCCACGAUUGUCCCAGCGAACGUUAUCGCUGUUGGGAUGCUGGUGUCCCCGCGUCUUCCAAUUACUCCAAAUAGGUCGCUCAGGCUGACGAGUGUUCUGUUCUGCGAUGAAGAUGUCGGGGCCUUUGUUGCUGAGGAUGUCUUUCCAUCUACCCCAUAA